GGUAGAGCAGGGGGGGCGGGGAUUUAUUACGAAUACGGGUGGGAACAGAAUUUUGUUUUCUCCAAGUAGCACGUAGCUAGCUGAGGAAAAAAGCAGAAACCAGAGGGAGAAAACAGAGAAAAGCACGCAGCCAUGAGCAGCCAGAGCUCCCGAAACGAGACGACAGCCGCGGUGAACGGUCCUGACCCGGCCUCGGCCAGCUCCAGAGAGCGGAAACACGGCGGAGGAGGCGGCGGGGUGGUGAAGAGGCUGAAAUCUCGGCGGAGCGCGGCGGAGCGGCGGACCGUCACCGAGGACGAGCUGCGGGCGGCCGGCAGAGGCGUCACUCCGGAGGACGUGCUGUCGCUCCGCACCGUCACCCGCGACUACCUGUGCAAACCCGAGGACAACAUCUACAACAUCGACUUCACUCGCUUCAAGAUCCGAGACCUGGAGACGGGAACAGUGCUGUUCGAGAUCGCCAAACCUCCUCACUGUGAUGUUGAUGAUGAAGAAGAAGAAAACGUGGACGCAGACACGAGCACCGGACGAUUCGUUCGCUAUCAGUUCACACCGGCGUUCCUUAAACUGCGCACGGUCGGAGCCACCGUGGAGUUCACUGUCGGAGAUCGGCCGGUGAAUAACUUCCGCAUGAUCGAGCGGCAUUAUUUUAAGGAUCGUCUGCUAAAGAACUUCGAUUUCGACUUCGGUUUCUGCAUCCCGAGCAGCAGGAACACCUGCGAGCACAUCUACGAGUUCCCCCAGCUCCCGGACGAGCUCAUCCGUCAGAUGGUGGAUCAUCCGUACGAGACCCGGUCCGACAGCUUCUACUUCGUGGACAACAAACUCAUCAUGCACAACAAAGCAGACUACGCUUACAACGGGGGCCAAUGAUGCUGCUGAGAUGCCUCCUGCAGGUCAUGCUCUGUGUGUGUGUGUGUGUGUGUGUGUGUGUGUGUGUGUGUGUGUGUGUGUGUGUGUGUGAGAUGCCACAGUUACAUUCCUUCACCACAGCCAUCGUUGCACCUCAUGGAUGUCCUCUCUUUCCUCCUUUAUAAUUCUGAUGAUGAUGAUGAUGAUGAUCUAAUUAUAAAUCUUGAUCAGCUCUCGUAUUUUCUGUAGUGAAGUUUUGGACCCUGAAGUUUUGUAAAUGUCGUGUUUUUUUCCCUUCAACGUGAACAAACAACCUGCAGGCCACCAGACGCUGAACACAGAGCAGUGAUAAUACUGGAGAGUGUUAGUGUUUCUCUAGAACAGCCGCUCUGACCGUGCAGGUUCUGAUCCGACAGCGUUUCUAUAGUAACAGGGCGUGUUCGCAGGGACCUGUUUGCAGCGCACGCUCCACUGAGGACAAACAGAUUAGAGAGAAAUGUGUUGAACAUGGAAGGAGGAGUUUUUAGUGUCAGUGCUUACAUUACACUGAAAUACACCAUAAACCUUUUUACACUUUUACUUGCUUACUCAACAUCUAAACAGUGGUGUGGGAUGUUUAGUGCCCCCUGCUGUGUCUAAGAUGAAUUACAGUUGUGAUCAAAACAAAGCCACUGAAACACUUUUCUUUAUCCACUUGUUCCCUCUGUUUAGACUCCAUACGUCACGCUCAUAACCUUUUAAUAAAUAAGGGCUGGAGCUGCUUUCAUUAUGGGCAGGGCUUAUUGAAUUAAGUUAAAUGAAAAAAUACAUUUCUGCUCGAAUGUUUUAUUUUGGUUGGUCUCUAGAGUUGUGAUUAUUAAAGGAUUAUUAAAGAUGUAUCACAUUAUAAAAUAUGCAACAAAAUCGAAACGUUUGUUUAAAUUCUUUGUCUUUAAAGAAAUGAUACAGGCGGAAGGAAGCUGUAAUUUCUGUUUUUGCAGCUUUUGCAGAAAUAGUGAGAAAUGGCGCCCCCUGGUGUUCAAGAUACCAAUCAUCCAGUGAUUUCUUCACAUUUAAAUCAGUGUAGUUACAGAAUCAUGUUUAUGAACUGCAUUAUAAAUACAGAACAACACUGCAGUAGGAGAGUCAUAAGUAAUGGCACCACAUCAUCUCUUAGACGUUGAAUGAAGACUGUAUGAAGUGAGUGUGUUAUAACUGCUCUGAGUUCAUCAGUUACUUAAUGAAAUAUGAUGAGAAAACUGAAUUUUCUGAUGAAUACUGAAAUCAGCCGUCAGUCUGAGAGAAAGCUGGAGAGUCUUUACACUGUGUUAGGAGUGUGUUAUUGUCUGAAUGACACAUUUUUCAGAUAGAUGUGUGUGUGUGUGUGUGCGCGAGAGCGAGCUCCAUGUGUGUGUGAAGUGUCUGCGUGUCCUCGCUGUCACACACACCCGUCUCUGCCACUUCUUUCACCACACACUCGCUGAUGAUCAUCACAGACGAUUUCUCAUGACGUCGUAAAGACCCAGAAUUGUUAUUACUGAGGACACGAGUUCACCUCGCGGUUACAGAAGCGGAAGAGAUAAACAACACACAGAUAUUUUACAAAACCUGAUUAUAAUAAUAAUAAUAAUGAGGGCAGGACAUCAGAAUUAUUAUAAAUUAAACUGAUACUGAAUACGAAAUGAAAUUAAGCAUAAAAAUGAUUAUGAUUUGAAUUGAGUUUAAUGAUGUAAACACGAACAUACAGAACCGGAGCUUUAUUUUAUUAAUCUUAAACUAGAUGUUGGCUCCGCCCUCUGCAUUCUGAUUGGCUCACCGACUGUGGGUUGUUUUUGCUAUUCUUCUUCUAAGUUUGUUAUUGUGCUCAUGUUUUUUUGUUCCUCUCCUGUAGUGCGGAUGAGUAACUGUUAUAUUUCACAAUUUCUUUUGAAAAAUGAGUCCAAAAAAAUUAUUUCUUGUAUUUUUUUUUUUUUUAACAGACUGCUCCGAAAUGCGUUUCUAUUCCUUGUGUGUGGUCCAUGAUGAUGAUAACAAUAAUAAUAAUAAGUGAAUAUUUUGAUAUAUUGUGUAAAUGAUUGUCAGUGUGUGUUGAGCAUCUGAGUGAGAUUAUAAUCUGAAAUCAUACAGAUGAUUUAUUAAGUGCUCGAUUUCACGUUUUUUUGCCCCUGAUGUCGAGUUCUCAUGUGACUGAGCGAGGCUUAACCGAGCCAAGUUAAAGUGUUUUAUUUUAUAUACAACCUGCCCACACACACACACACACACACACACACACAUCCUGGUGAUGUUUGGUUGCUGUGACGCCGAUGAGACGGCGAGUCAGGUUUCGUCCAGUAGAAAAGCUGGUUAUGUUUGUGUUACUGAUUUCACUACAAUGUGUUCAACUGGAAACGUCUUUUUAUAUAAGUUCCUAUUUUAUUUUAUUUUGCUUUACAGUUUUUGAUGAUGAUGAUGAUGAUGAUGAUGAUGAUGAUGAUGAAGCCUGUAUCAGGACUGAACCGAAAAAACUCCCCCAAAAAAAUCCCAGCAAAAAUAACAAACAAACAGAAUCUUACACUCCCAACACUCUUUUAUUUUUUUUAAAGUCGUUCAGAUUAUAGAUGAAGAGUUUGUGAGAUGUUUUCAGGGUCACGUGAGGAUCAGACGUGAGAUUACAGACCGUUUAAUGCCUUACAGUAGAUCAGAUUGUGGAUUUGGGGAUAAAAAACACUAAACUGUUUCUAAAAUUCUGUCAGACUGAAACAAACCUUUUUUUUUCUCUGAUUAUAGUUUUUAAAAGAUUGUAUUAUAGACAAGAAUAUUUUAGAAGUUUGUUUGUCAUCAGUUUCCGUCUGUGAGAAUUCUGAUUGUUUCUAAAAAAUAAAAAAAAUAAACCAUUUAAUUAUAAA